AUGGGCCCCACUCCGCGCGAGGAAGAGGAGCUAGAGCGCCUGGAAAAGCUCCUAAAGAAACAUGAGAUGGGCGAGAUACCCCGGGUUGACUGGUUGGAUCAGUUAGUAUUUCGAGCUGUAGAGAAGAAAAAAUUGGAUGCCGAGGAAUCUGCAAAAAAGAGGGCAAUACGCAACCAAGCUGCCAGGGCAAAAGUCCCAGUCAAGACAAGUGGAAAGGCAGACAGCCUUGAUGACGACUGGGAGGAAGAUCAGAUAAAUGAUCACGAAGAGAACUUCGUUCUCUAUAUCGAAUUCCCACGCUUUGAUUUUCCGGUCGUUUUCGAAGACUUCGAAUACCCUUGCCUACCGAUAUCUUCUUAUUCCCAGCAACAACUAUCGGGCUCUAAUUCGACCCUCAAACCUCCUCCGGAAGUCCGUUUGGGGCCUGAUAUAGAUGGCGCAGCUAAUGAUGACGAUGAACAUAGGAUAAUUAGAAUAUAUGACCCAGAGGUCGGCCAGAAAGGGAACCCCUGCGAAGACAAGCAUCGAAGACUAGUUCGUAGCCACCGGACGGGAAUCAUGGAUCGCGACCUCAAGCCCAAUCCGAAGAUCCGUGAUGAAUUGAAUGAAAUCAUGUUGUACGGACCUACACAAGAAUUGAACUCUGAGGAGAAAGACCUUGUCUGGAAAUUCAGACACCACCUCACUCGCGAUAAGAGGGCCAUGACUAAAUUCGUGAAAUCAGUCAAUUGGCAAGAUAUCGGCGAGGCUCGGCAGGCCGUGGAAAUUCUUCCGAAAUGGACUGAGAUUGAUGUAGACGAUGCAUUGGAACUUCUCGGACCGACCUUUGAUAACCCAGCAGUUCGUGCCUAUGCGGUGGAACGGUUGAGGAAGUCCGAUGACGAAGAGCUCCUCCUGUAUCUCCUGCAGCUAGUACAAGCCUUAAAGUUCGAGGCAAUCCCUCAUGGAGGUGCUGAAGAUAUCACACAAGAUUCUUCUUUAACCAAUUUCCUCAUCACUCGGGCUGCGAACAACCCACUCCUUGGAAGUUAUUUUCAUUGGUACCUUAUGGUUGAGUGUGAUGAUGCUGGUCCAAGCACUAUUUCCGUCCAUCGCAAACUAUUCGCCCGCGUUGAGUAUUAUUUCAUGAUCGAGCUGGAGAAACACCACCCUGAACAGAGGAAGAUUUUGUUACGACAAGGUGAACUCAUUACAAUUCUAUCCAAAAUCGCCAAGGAUAUUCGCUUCUCGAGGGAUAACCGUGCUGUCAAGAUUGAAAAGUUGAAGAAAUUUUUGCUGGACCCUAAAAACGAGCUUGCUACCAUUGACCCUCCUCUACCACUUCCAUUAGACCCGGAAAUUCUGAUCACUGGUUGCUUUGCUGAAGGUUCUAAUGUUUUCAAAUCCUCCCUCUCACCUCUGUUGAUCAACUUCAAACUCUCUGAUGGACGAAAAUACCCUGUAAUUUUUAAGGUCGGAGAUGACCUUCGACAAGAUCAGCUUGUCAUCCAAAUUAUCAGUCUUAUGGAUCGUCUGCUGCAAAAAGAAAACUUAGAUUUGAAACUUACCCCUUACCGCAUCAUUGCUACCAGCGCCAAUGCCGAGCGAACAAUCCGGACGACAAGGAACCAUUGGGUGUCCGUAAAGAAACGAUGGACACUUACAUAA